AUGUCUGGAAAGAAGCUAAAAUAUAAGGACAAGUCUUCGAUUCGUUUUGUUGCUCACGAGGAUCCACCGUUUAUUGCGGAAAUUAAGGAGAAGCUGGGUUACAAACCACCUCCAACUAUCGAAAAUAAGUUCUCUACGUCUGCUGGUGAAGGAUAUGUUGAAAAUGACCUUGAGGAAGAUGAUUUAUUACAGCUUAAGAAAGAAGAUAGACCUCAAAUUGUUAUCUUGGAUUCUGCUGGUGAUCUGACUGAAAAUGAUCUCGAAAAAGAACUGGAAAAGAAGCGUACCGAAGAAGACCGACGGAAAAUCGAAGAACGAAAAAUAGUGUUUAGGAAACCAGUAAAAAGAAAAGAUGACCACUUUGAAACAAAAAAAUUGGAAAAGCGAAGGCACACAGGAAAUAAUAAUGAUGUGGCUUCAAAUUCCAGACUGUUGUCUUUUAGUGAUGGACAAGAUAUAUGA